AUGUACAGAGUGGUUCAGGCGUCUUGGUUCUUCAGCAAGAAGCUGGUCUUCCGUUGCUUCACACCACGAGCUUCCCGUUUUGAAAGGACCCUCGCAUGUUCGAUAGGGAGGUGUUUUGGAGAGGAGGCUUCAAAGCAUAACAGCGUCGGCAAGGGACGGUCUAACUUCCGUGGCGGCUGGGUCCUUUGCCACUUUUGUGAACAUGCAUUUACUUCUGCUCAACCCAGUGAUUUCGUGAGCCUCCCUUGGUUCGAAUGA